UUGAUGCUUUUGAUGAAGUUGAAGAUUCUAAUGAUAAUGCAACUUCGUUAAGUACUAUGAGUAUACAAAAUAAUUCAGAAACUGAUGAAUUUAUAACUCCACCUAAAAAUUUUGGUGUUCACUGGACGGGUUUUUUAUGUUUAAAGCAAGUUAAAAAUACCAAAUCACGCCAAUAUAAUGCAAAGUGCUUAUAUUGUAAUAAGAUAUUUGAAGCACGGAAAGAAGCAAUGAUACAUCAUAUAAUAAAUAUCUGUCAAAAAAUAUUAGCUAAAGAUAAAAUACUUUAUAUGCAGAAUAUUAAUAAAAAAAAUUCUGCAAACAUAAUUAAAUCUUACCCAAAUGAAGAUCUUGAUAUAUCUUCAAAAAAACGUAAAGCUGUUUUAACAGACUUUUUUAAUAAGACUAUGAUUCCAUCAGAUAAAAUUGAUGAGCUUCACACAUUAUUAUUACGAUCAUUAAUCUAUACUAUUGAAAGUUCAUUGAAAAAUAUGAACUUAAAUUUUAACAAAAUUAUUGCAUUAGUUAUGGAUAGUCCUUCAAUUAUAAUACGACUUCGAAAAAAUGUUUCAGAAAAAUAUCAGCAUAUAGUUGGUUCAACUUAUUGGAAUGCAAAAUUAAAACAAUGGGCUACAGAUAAUAAUAUUAUACAUAAUUUACAAACAUUCUGUGAAACUCAAUGGUUUUCUUUUUUAAAAGUUUGUCUUUUAGUUCAAAAUUAUGAAGAAGGCUUUAAAGCUUGUCUCGAAUAUAAUAACAAAUUUUCUAAUGAAUGUCCUGUUAUCCCAGUUAACAUUAAAGAAAUAGUUACAAGCUGA